AUGUUUCCACAGUACAGCCGGUUGUUGCGGUCGGGAGCCGCUCGUCUUCAGUCCUAUCAGUCUGUUCCCCGACGAUACUACAGCAUCGGCGACAAGCUGAAUGAGAAAGAACCCGGCGGUCAGCGAAAAGCCAUCAUUGCUGUCUGCGCGGCUGUCCCAGUAGUGGCAUAUUUCUGGCUAAGGGGCGGAAAUGACACCAAGACUGGCAGUCCUAACAAUAGUCGUGGUGCCAACCAAGAAUAUCAAACACGCGCAGAGGGGAACAGGUGA